CUAAACUGAACCAGUGCGGAUGCGUUGGACAUAUAACGCUCCAGAGGGAAGCUUCCAAAUCGUUUUCGUAUACAAUAGAGCUGGAGAAUUGUGAUCAUUUUCGUCUUUCACACCGAGCAUGGAGGAACUGGCCCGAGAGAGUAUCCGCAGCAUCAGUCUGCUGUCCAGGCCUGCGCGGGGCUCGGACGUCCCGCGACUCGGAUCGUUUGGGGCCAUUUUCAUCAUGCUCAAAUCAGCCCUAGGCGCGGGACUCCUUAACUUUCCAUGGGCUUUUGAGAAGGCUGGUGGCGUGAACACAGCCAUUGGUGUGGAGAUGGUGUCUCUGGUUUUUCUCAUAAGUGGGUUGGUCAUUCUCGGCUAUGCCUCGUCAAUCAGUCGGCAGAAGACGUAUCAUGAUGUGGUACGAGAGGUGUGUGGACAGAGGAUCGGCCAUCUGUGUGGGUUCUGCUUUGUUUUCAACCUCUUCAUGAUCUCUGUGGCCUUUUUGGUGGUUGUGCAGGAUCAGCUGGAUAAGUUGUGUCUGUCUCUGUAUGAGACCGUGACGGGAAAUACAGAAGAAGAGAUGCCAAAUCAUUGGUACACAGAUCACCGUUUUGCACUCUUUGUCGUGUGCCUCAUUAUCAUCCUUCCACUCUCUGUACCCAAAGAGAUCGGCAUCCAGAAAUACACCAGUGUAUUGGGGACUCUGGCUGCUACAUACCUGAGUGUAGCUGUUAUCGCAAAAUAUUAUCUAAAAGAUGAGCACACAGCAGACCUCACACCAGAGCACAGUCAAGGAUUGGACUCGUGGGCCUCAAUGUUCAGUGUGGUCCCUACUAUCUGUUUUGGUUUCCAGUGUCAUGAAGCUUGUGUUACUAUAUACAGCAGCAUGGAAAACAAAAAGAUUACACACUGGGUUUUCAUCUCAGUCACUUCUAUGAUUUUCUGCCUGAUUAUUUAUACUCUCACAGGUGUGUUUGGUUUUCUUACAUUUGGACGACAAGUAGCCUCAGAUAUUCUGAUGUCAUAUCCUGGAAAUGAUGUAGUGAUGAUUAUUGCUAGGCUGCUGUUUGGGGUUUCGAUCAUCACCAUCUAUCCUAUAAUACUGCUGCUGGGAAGGUCAGUUGUUCUAACUCAAAUAUUGCGCUUUUGGGAACGACGGGCCAUAAUAACAUCUGUGUUUGAGAGUCGGUGCCGUCUGAUUCUAACAAUUCUCUGGAUCACUGUGACUCUCCUCAUCGCCAUCUACAUACCAGACAUGAGUGAGGUCAUCAGCGUUAUCGGUGGAAUUAGCGCUUUCUUUAUAUUUAUUUUUCCUGGGCUGUGUCUCAUUUUUGCCAUGCAGACAGAGCCUAUAAAUCACAGGAUGAGAGCUCUCUUGACGGGUUGGGGUGUGGUGACCGUCCUUACUGGAGCUUUUAUCUUUGGCCAGAGCACAUCUAUAGCUGUUAUGGAGCUGAUGCACAAGUUUUAAUCUUCGUCAUGGUCUUCAUCAAUUGGAAUAUCAUUGUCUUGACAAAAAUAUGUUUAUUUAUUUGAUUGAUGAAUAAGAUGUAUGAUACUUGAAACUGGGGAAGAGUAGCAACUACAUGUUUUAAAAGAAAAUGUCACACCACAGUGCUUUAUGCUUGUAUUGCUGUUACUGCUCCGUUUUAUAUGUUGUGUGUGUGUGUGACUAAGAAAAUGUGUUGUAGGAGUUUUACCAAAAAUAUUUAUUAUAUUGUGUAGGUUUAAACAAGAAGAGUAGACUUAUUCAAAUGUGUUAUGGAAAUAAUAUUGAAGUUUAUGAAUACAAAUAUAAAGAAUGACUUUAAAACAUUUGCAAUAA